CACCUCCAGGCAUCAGGACGCGGCGGGCGCCAUUUCAGGGAGCAGUCGCUUUUACUUAGAGCCGAGUCUGAAUCGACUUAUUGAGAAGUUUUCUCGGCUUUGGCUUUCUGCAUACAGUUUUUGGAGGCCGAGACUACUCCUAGGUUUUCUUCCCUCCAUUGACGGGAGAUUUUUGCCGUUUGGAGGCCCAACCCUCGUUACAGCACAUCCGGAGCCCAGACCAAGUACACAACGUUGGAGGAAGCGGCCGACCUUCUCAUAGACACCUGAGCUAGAAGCGGGACCCCCGGCAGCGCAGGUGUCCUGAAAAAAUGGCUGAUGAUAUUGAUAUUGAAGCAAUGCUAGAAGCUCCUUAUAAGAAGACUUGCCUAACGAUAUCUCACCUCUACUCCCAUGAAUUCACCUUUGAUUCCAGUGUGAACUGUCAAUCAUAAGGGCGAGAUGUGUGACAGAGGUGGCAUCAAGCUCUUACAGUCCCAACCCUCCAACGAAAAUGGGCGAAGAUCUCAGGAAUGGCAUCGGUCAAAGGAAAUCGAUAGUGGCUGGCUGCUAGCAUGGCCGCUUGGGGCUUAGGCAGAGAUAUAGCCUUGGAUGAGAACAAAUUGAGCAGUGCCAAUGGCCAUGAAGAGCGCAGCAAGAAGAGAAAAAAGAGCAAGAGCAGAAGUCGUAGUCAUGACAGGAAGAGGAGCAGAAGCAAGGAUCGCAAAAGAAGCCGUGAUCGUGAGAGGAAGAAAAGCAAAAGUCGGGAGAGGAAGCGCAGUAAAAGUAAAGAACGGCGACGGAGCCGUUCAAGAAGCAGAGAACGUCGAUUUAGAGGCCGUUACAGAAGUCCUUAUUCUGGACCUAAAUUCAACAGUGCCAUCAGAGGAAAGAUUGGCCUGCCACACAGCAUCAAAAUAAGCAGACGAAGAUCAAGGAGCAAAAGUCCAUUCAGAAAAGACAAGAGCCCUGUUCGAGAGCCUAUUGAUAAUCUUACUCCAGAGGAGCGGGAUGCUCGAACAGUGUUUUGUAUGCAGCUUGCUGCAAGAAUUAGACCAAGAGACCUGGAAGAGUUUUUUUCUACUGUAGGAAAGGUCCGUGAUGUACGCAUGAUUUCAGAUAGAAAUUCCCGACGUUCCAAGGGAAUUGCUUAUGUGGAAUUUGUUGAUGUCAGUUCGGUACCUUUGGCAAUUGGAUUAACUGGACAGCGAGUUUUGGGAGUACCAAUUAUUGUACAAGCAUCUCAAGCUGAGAAAAACAGAGCAGCAGCAAUGGCUAAUAAUCUACAAAAGGGUAGUGCAGGCCCCAUGAGACUCUAUGUAGGAUCACUGCAUUUCAAUAUAACUGAAGAUAUGCUUCGUGGAAUCUUUGAACCAUUUGGCCGGAUUGAAAGCAUUCAGCUGAUGAUGGACAGUGAAACAGGCCGUUCCAAAGGAUAUGGAUUUAUUACUUUUUCAGACUCUGAGUGUGCUAAAAAGGCUUUGGAACAACUAAAUGGAUUUGAGCUAGCUGGCAGGCCAAUGAAAGUAGGUCAUGUAACUGAACGUACAGAUGCAUCCAGUGCAAGCUCAUUUUUGGACAGUGAUGAACUGGAAAGGACUGGGAUUGACUUGGGAACAACUGGCCGUCUUCAGUUGAUGGCCAGACUUGCUGAGGGUACUGGUCUACAGAUCCCUCCAGCUGCACAGCAAGCUCUGCAGAUGAGUGGAUCAUUAGCAUUUAGUGCUGUAGCAGAUUUGCAGACAAGGCUUUCGCAACAAAGUGAAGUUUUGGCUGCAGCUGCUUCUGUACAACCACUUGCAACACAAUGUUUUCAGCUCUCCAACAUGUUUAACCCUCAGACUGAAGAAGAAGCUGGCUGGGAUACAGAAAUUAAGGAUGAUGUGAUUGAGGAAUGUAACAAACAUGGUGGAGUGGUUCAUAUUUAUGUAGACAAAAAUUCAGCUCAGGGCAACGUGUAUGUCAAAUGCCCUUCAAUAGCUGCAGCAAUUGCAGCUGUCAAUGCAUUACAUGGAAGGUGGUUUGCAGGUAAAAUGAUCACAGCAGCAUAUGUACCUCUUCCAACAUACCACAACCUUUUCCCAGAUUCUAUGACUGCAACCCAGCUCUUGGUUCCUACUCGGCGAUGAAGAUGGACUUAGUCAGUUUUGUACAUAGCUAUUUUUGAAGGAAGACUUGAGUUACCAUUUAUUUAGAAGAAAACAAAAGGAAAGGGUGUAAAGUCCUUUUGUGUACAUUUCCUGUUACCUUUAAACAACAAAACAAAAAAAUAUAGUAAGCAGGAAUGCUCCGUGUUCAUUCUCUUGAUUAGCAUUCCCACUGUAUACAAAGCUGACUACUUGUUCUGCCUUGUAUUACUUGUACAUUUAGAACAUUUGGCUAAAGUGAGCUGUAGGAACAGAUGUAGCUUAUAGAAAAGACUUCUGUAAAAGGUGGACAGGACAUGAUUUUUAAUGUUUCACAAGCCUUUUCUUUUAAUGCAGGUUCUGCAUUUUACAUUCACUUAAAUGUAGAUGCUCUGCUAAAGGUUAAUAGCCGAAUUAACUGGACAUAUUUAGUGUGUUUUGUAUGGAUUGAAAAUUCAAGAGGCUACUGAGUGAUUUUUUGGUCAGCUGAACUGCUCACUUAAUGUUGACCAGUUGGCAAAAUUGGGGUGGGGGGAUUAGAGAAUUUUAUUUCUAGAUGGUAACUUUUGAUUGUCUCUGUAAAAGUUUCAUGUAAAUAAGGUGUAAGGUGUGUUUAGAAUUCCAAACAAAGCUAUCUCUGCAUUUCCAAAUAAAAGUUCCACUGAUUGCAGGGAAAUGUAUCUAGUUGAAAGUUGAAGUAGGAAAUGCAGGAAUAUAUUUUGUCUGGUUGCAUAUAAUCUCUGCUCUUUUUUAAGCUCUGUGAGCUCUGAAAUAUAUUUUUGGGUUACUUCAGUGUGUUUGACAGAACAGCUUGAUAUUUCUAUCAACAAAUGACUUUCAUAUUGCAACAAUCUUUGUAAGAACCACUCAAAUAAAAUUCUCUUAAAGGC